AGAGCAAUACGUGCUGGGAAGGUUGGUUGGAUACAAGCAUUCGUUUCGUCAAACCACUCCCUUGAGCUGUCGACAGAGCCACCCUUCACUUACGGAGAAUCCCUCCGAAGUGUGUUUAUUAACUCGGUAGAAAACGUAUAAAAAAAAAGUCAAUUUAUAUUUAACCUAUACUACUGUCUGCUCGAAGUUUGAACUCUCGGAAACCACUUGAAACUUUUUGAAACUCGGACCUGCUAGCCGGAGAAAGCAUGGUGCUAAAAUCGGAAGACGGAGUAGUGCCGGACGACCUCACUCCAGAGGAGCAGCAGGAGCUGGAGAAUAUCCGCAGGCGCAAGCAGGAGCUGCAGGAGGACAUUCAGCGGCUAAAGGAUGAGAUAGCAGAAGUGACCAGUGAGAUCGAGAACCUGGGUUCCACUGAGGAGAGGAAAAACAUGCAGAGGAAUAAACAAGUGGCCAUGGGACGUAAGAAAUUUAACAUGGACCCCAAAAAGGGGAUCCAGUUCCUAAUUGAGAAUGACUUGCUGAAGAAUACAAGCAACGACAUUGCUCAGUUCCUCUACAAGGGCGAGGGCCUCAACAAAACAGCCAUCGGAGACUACCUCGGAGAGAGAGAUGACUUCAAUAUCCAAGUCCUCCAUGCAUUUGUGGAGCUUCAUGAGUUCACAGACCUGAACCUGGUUCAGGCACUCAGACAGUUCCUGUGGAGUUUUCGGCUACCAGGAGAAGCUCAGAAGAUCGACCGCAUGAUGGAGGCCUUCGCUCAGCGCUACUGCCAAUGCAACCCUGGCGUUUUUCAGUCCACAGACACCUGUUACAUUCUGUCAUUUGCCAUCAUCAUGCUAAACACCAGCCUCCACAACCCAAAUGUGAAAGACAAGCCUUCUGUGGAACGAUUCAUCUCCAUGAACAGAGGAAUCAACGAGGGAGGAGACCUACCUGAGGACCUGCUCAGGAAUCUGUAUGACAGCAUCAAGAAUGAGCCUUUCAAAAUCCCAGAAGAUGAUGGCAAUGACCUCACACACACUUUCUUCAACCCAGACAGAGAGGGCUGGCUACUAAAACUGGGAGGGGGACGGGUUAAAACCUGGAAGAGGAGGUGGUUUAUCCUCACGGACAACUGUCUGUACUACUUUGAGUACACCACAGACAAAGAGCCCAGAGGAAUCAUCCCAUUGGAGAACCUGAGCAUCAAGGAGGUGGAGGAUAAGAAGCCUAACUGCUUUGAGCUUUUCAUUCCUGACAACAAGGACCAGGUGAUAAAAGCAUGCAAGACCGAGGCUGACGGACGCGUUGUGGAGGGCAACCACACUUUCUACCGUAUUUCCGCCCCCACUACUGAGGAAAAAGAGGAAUGGAUGAACAGCAUCAAAGCUGCUAUCAGCAGGGACCCCUUUUACGAGAUGCUGGCAGCCAGGAAGAAGAAGGUGUCCUCCAUGAAAAGGCACUAGAACUGCUCAGCGCUCCAGAUGUUGCACUUGACAGAGCAGGGGGUCCAGGUAUCUACUCGCCCUGUCUGGGUCAGUGCGGAGGUCGCGGGUUGGGGUCUGCUUCAGACCUCUUCGGAGGAUUUCUCUAGGAUACAUUCUAGGUCUGGCUUUGGGACUCUACAGGUCAGAAAAACAGGAAGCAUGCUGACGUCUCUAGAUAAGAGUCGGGGCCAAUGUGUCCUCUAUUCUCCUGUCUCUUUCUCUCUCAGCUUUGUUUGUGUUCUCUGUCUAUGAGGCUGUAAGGAAAUCUUGUUGAAUAACUCAGCAAAAGCCCCUUCGAAAACGCUUCUAAAACACAAUUCCCAUAAACAAUGCACACAUACAAAACAUGCAUACGGUCAUGCAGUCCCCAGUAGCACACAUUGUUUUAAACUCAGCAGGUCUGACCAAGUGUGGCACUCUAAACCAAAAUAUUUCUUGCUUUGUGAAAGAAAAGUAGAGACUUUUUCUGAUGUGCUUUAAAAUGUUAAGGUAAUAUGUGUCUAUUUUUACAGCUUUAAAUGUCAAUUCCUCUUCAGUCUUUUUUGUUUGUUUGCUUUUGUAAUACUAAAAAACAAGGUUUGCAACAGUAACUGCAGGGGGGAGUGAUUUGAUAACUGUUAAUAAUUUUAUAGAAAAAAAAAAAAAUAGUUGCCACUGAGGAGAUUGUUAGGUUCUGAAACUUUCCAUGUCGCCGUUUGAAUGGAUCGUGUUCACAACACGACGACCAUGUGAGGAAUGAAAGCGUCAUCUGUGUCCCAGACUGAAGUGGUUUUGUAAAUGUGAAGCUGCAGUGCGGGUGAGGGUGUGUGCUUGUCUGGACAGGCUCUGAAUGUUGGAUCUGUCUCUCGCUGUUCAUUUCUUGAACGACCUUGAGAUGUUUCUUGGGGAAUAGUGUUUAUCACCCUGGGCUUCCUUUUGAGGUUCUUAGGUUGUCUGGAAAUUACUACUGGUAACCCCUUUUUCAUUUUCUCUUCCAAUAGACUUUUCUCUCAUUUUGUUUCAAACACACCACUUCCUAUUACUUUGUUUCAUUGUUAGGAAAAUGACUUUACUGGAGAUCUAGGUGACAUAUUAUGAGAAAAGCUGCUGGUUAGUGAAAUUAAAUUAGUCAUCUCCCAGUUGAACAUUUAGUCUUUGUUCUCUGCCUUUAACAUUGUUUUAUCUGUAGAGGGUUAUGUAACCCAACCUCAUUGAUCAUUGUACAAUACUGUGUGCUUUAGGUUGUUUAUUUGUAAGACAUAAUAUAUGACAUAUUGUUGUAGAGGCUUUAAAGCAGCACAAAUAAAUGUUGCUUCAUUGAAGCUAUGCCUGGAAAAGAAUGGGUUGUCCCUGUCUCAGGAUCCGUAGUGUGAUGUGAAACAACACAAACUACUACUUGUAUGAGGAAUGUACUGUGGAGAACCAAAAGAUGGAGGUCAGGACGUCUGAUUGGUCAUGCUGAGGCAGUGGCAUGUCAUUUAGUCAAAUAGCAAAAACUACAUUGAGGUACAAUUUUACAAACGCGGUCUGAUUUGUGCAUCAAGAGGUUGUCUUUUCUACUCUUGUCUACUGUUGUCUCUUCUCUCAUCUGUGCCUGCCGGUCAUUAUUUUCACUCAAUGCUGUUUUGUUUCCUGGUUUUCAUCCUUUCUCUACUCCUCUCUGCACUAAUCGUAGAGAAAAUAAAGAAAAAUGCAAAACAAUCAAUUCUAGACAGUAUUGGUUUAUUUAUCAAAGUUGUAUAUACGUAAAUGUAUAGUGGGUACUUUGUCUUGAUUUUGUUUUGUAUUGUGCCAUUUUCUUUUUUUUUUUAUUCUGUUCGAAAAUGUUUGAUUUGAGGUUUGUAUAAUUGCCAUUUAAUCAAGCUGAAAUAAAGACAAAUUGGUC